UCCGUCUGUCAUUUAAAAUUAUCAGUAUGCAAUAGUAAAAAGCAAAAUGCGCGUACGGUACGACUAUGGCGUGGAAGUGACAUGGUUGUCGGCUUUAGGAAGGACGAAACACUCACACCUAACCAGAAGCUUAUUGCUGGCGUGAUUUCUGGAAUCACCACUAGGUUUAUAACCCAACCGCUGGACAUCGUGAAGGUGCGCACACAACUGCAGCCAAAAAACAAAGGACGAACAUGGCUCAGUCUAUCCUGGCGAAUCCUCAAGGAGGAAGGCUUUACCACCUUCUGGCAUGGGCACAGUCUCGGACAAUUACACUCCAUCCUGUCCGUGGCCUCGCAGUUCCACGCUUAUGAAAUAAGUACCAAGUUUGUUGAAAACUAUGCAGCCCCGUACACAAGUCCUAAAGUAAAGAAAGUGCUCCUGUUCAUGUGUGGCAUAUUCGCUGGGUGCGCGAGCGCAACCCUCGUGUCACCAAUCGAAGUGAUCCGCGUACGACAGAUGGUCGUCAAGGCGCAAUAUGGCGGGAUGCUGCAGGGUGCGCGUGAGGUGUACCGCCGUGGCGGCUUCCUGGCCUUCUACGAGGGCCUCACCGCGUCUGUCUUGCAGAUGGGCCCACAAGUGGGCAUCACGUUCGCGGUGUUUCGUUUCGUCCAGCCCCUCGUUAUGGACUACAUGGCAUAUAUAGAAAGCCCUGAGACGGAGGCAGAGAAAAAGGCGGCGCAGAGAAAACAUAUCCUCAUCGCAUCAUCCAUAGCCGGUUCAACAGCUGGCUUCGUGUCCAAAACGGCGACCUACCCAUUCGACCUGGCCAAACGGAGACUUCAGAUAGCAAGCCACGUGGCGGACCCCACAGUGAAGACGCCCUCGAUGACGAAGAAACUCAUCAGAUGCAAAACGCUCAUCAGCUGCCUGGUCGACAUGAUCCGCAAGGAGGGCAUUAAUGGCCUAUACGCCGGCUAUGACGUCUCGAACUUUAAAUCGCAAGUGCACUCCGUGGCAGCUUUCACUACUUACGAGAUGAUAUGCUUGGCCCAGCGCGAGUACUACAGUCGUCCGGUGCCGGACUAGUGUUGGCGAUGUUGAGCCUUUGGAGUGCCUAUUUCUGUGGACAAUAGAUGGACGCUUCAAGCGUGGAACUGAUAAGACUGAUGAAGCGAUGAUUAUCGACCUAAUUCAUGACCAGUCUCAUUUGGCGCUUGUAGCGCCGCGCGUCGCGGCACGCGUGAGUCCAGUCUACGACCUUACGCAGCCUGACGUCGACCACCAUUUUGUUUUAACCAUUCUAAGGCGGUCUGUAUCGCCUUUGAGUGUACUUUUGUGACCGUACGCGCACGAAUCUAUUAAAGAAGAUUUGUAGUGUCAUUUGAUUAUCGUAAAUGACAAAGCUUUUUUAUUAUAACAAUAAAAGCUUAUUGCAUUGUAUUCAUAAAAGUAAUUUAAUGUCAAAAACACGCGACCUUUCUUCCUUUAUAGCAUCACGCUGCUUCUAUGGAGUGAAAAAGGUUCGAUUUCAGUUAUAUUAACACUCCAGUUUUAUCAAAGCAAAUGUUCAAUUUCGUUCGUAUGUUUUGUAUGGAAUUGUAUUUUUGUCUUGUAAUAAAAUGUUUUACUACUAUUACUUGUUUGGAAAUUUAACCCAUUGAAAUUCAAUCAUAAUAUUUAAAGUAAUGCUUUACAACAUUAGUAAUAAAAUAUUAUAUUACUUAUAGUACCUAUUGUAUAAUACAGUUAGGAGCAAAACUAAGUCAGUAAUUUGACGACAAUCAAUUUACUCAAAAAUGCUUUACGCAGAAUUUUACUCUUUGAUUGCCGCUACAAUUAAGCCUUACAAAUUAUUUUCUUCAAUUAAAAAAAAAAAUAUUGUUUCAUAUUACCGAAAACUGUAAAAUGUCGCCUAACUUUUUUCCCAUUAUUAUUUUUUUCUUCCCAAUUCAGUUGGUAAGUCAUUUAAGGUAAGGAAUUAUAUGCCCAUUAAUAUAGUUAUCAAUCAUUUAAAUCAAGCUUAUUUUUAUAGUUAGCUACUGACGUUGUAUAUUCCGGCGCAAAAUUGAGUCAAAUCAAAGGCAAAUCAAUCAACAUAUCUGUCGUUAGUUCAUUUUUGUAGCGGACUUAAUCUUAAGAUAACAAUAAAAAUACGGUAUUGAUAUAAAAAAAAAACAUAACUUAUUUUAAAGGGCAUGUAAUGACUACUACAUAUUGUCUGUCCUGGUUGGAUGAAAAAAUAAUUUUAGGAUAAAUAUUUAAAAAAAGUUCUACAGUUUUUGGUGAAAAAUAUUGCAUGCAUGAAAAUAUUAAUAAUGUAAAUGCAGUGAAUGGGAUGAAGUAUGGUGAUUCAGUUAUGCUGUUAACUGUAUAUAAUUAUGUAGUAGCAAUAGCAUAUCUUAUUAGUACUUAUAACUUCUUUCUGGAGCUAACAUGGGAAUAACAAUAAAGACGAAAACUAAAAAUAUAUGUCUUAAUUUCCGACUCAUACCACAACCUGAUUCUUAAAUCACUUUAGCGUCUUGUUCUAGACGCAAGAAAGUUUACACAAAAAACUCAAUUUUCACAAGAACUUACACUUACCCAUAUAAAACUGAGUCUAUUAAAGACGAACUCCAAAGCCUCAAGUCGUUACCAACACUAUUUUGUUAUUCAUUUGCAUAAAUCACUAUACAAGCAUGCAAUCUUAAUAGGUAUAAUCGGAACAUAGUGUAACACUGCUCUUGCUUCUGACGCUGGUCGCCUUUUAAGGCCAUGGACUGUGCGCAAGCGGAGCGCGUCAAGCGCCGCUGUCAUUCAAGGGUUCUCUUUAAUUAUAUACAUUAUGUGUACUUGCCGCCCGGAACCGAACGCAACGCGGCGUUGGUUUGCACGACACGAUCAAACUGUAUAGAAUUUAGUAGAACUGUUUAAACUACGCACGCCUCAUUCGUUCAGUACAUGGCCUGCCGCUUUUAGGCUGGUUUUAGUGCCACACGGAUCGACAGCGCGGAGGAUCCACACCGGACUAAUAAUAUGUAUUAAGUUCAGUUCAGGGAGCGCUUUAGAGUGGUGCGAGCUGGUCCGCGCGGAUGACAACAUCGACUUCACACAAAUUGGUCGUGCGUCGUGCGGUCGGUCCGUGUGAAACUAUGGCACUGGUUCCACCAAAUGCGAGUAAACUAUGAGCUGUGGCUAUAAAAAGAACAAAAGAUAGUCGUUCCCGUGUAAAUAAAAGAGAGAGCGAGCGAUUUGUAGCUCAUAUCUCGGCUGCGAACUAUCAUCGCGUCUCCUUUAUUUGUGCGGGAGCAACUUUCUUUUGUUCGUUUUUACAGCCGAUAGCUCAUAGCUUACUCAUUCUCGGUGAUACCAGUGCCUAUAACCAGCCUAAAAAACACCUCUAGUGAUAGGAGCAUGAACAGGCGUUUACAAUAUAUCUAUUUGGUCUAUUAACCAAAGUAAAUUGAA